AUGACUGGCCACUUUGCCUUUUGGAAGAUAAUCUGUGACGUCUCUAACGUUGAGGAAGGGUGGCCACGCCACGGCCAGGCAGUGGAUCUGAAGAGAACACAGCCGUGGGAAUGCAGUUCCCUGCAGUUUCAAAUCGUGUCAAGUCCCUGUGACCAUGCCAUGUCCCAGCAGAUGGGCGAGGAGAAGGUUUUUAUACAAACGGUUCCUGCUCUGGCUGAUGUGGAUGAGUGUGCAGAAGCAUUGGACACCUGCAGUAUUGAUGCCAUCUGUCAGAACACAGCCAAGUCUUACAAAUGCAUCUGCAAGUCAGGCUACAAAGGAGACGGACACCACUGUGAAGACAUUGACGAGUGUGCGAGUGAGUAUAACGGUGGAUGUGUUCACGAGUGCAUCAACAUCCCUGGAAAUUACAGGUGCACGUGUUACGAUGGCUUCCACCUGGCACACGAUGGGCAUAACUGUUUAGAUGUGGACGAGUGUUCUGAAGGGAAUGGAGGCUGUCAGCAGGUCUGUGUGAAUAUGAUGGGGAGUUACGAGUGCCGCUGUACGGAGGGGUUUCUCCUCAGUGACAACCAGCACACCUGCAUACAGAGGCCCAAAGUGCGUUUCGAUGGAGCCAAGGACGGGCCGACAUGCAUGGUUAAAAACCACGGCUGUGCCCAUAUCUGUCGGGAAAACCCCAAGGGCGGCAUCUCCUGUGAGUGCCGCCCAGGAUUUCAGCUCACCCGAAACAACAGGGACUGCAAGCUGACGUGUAACUAUGGAAACGGCGGGUGUCAGCACAUCUGUGAGGAGACCGACUUUGGGCCGCGCUGUGCGUGCCACAUGAAGUUUGCUCUGAACUCUGACGGCAAGACGUGUGUGGGGGAGAGAAGUGUCCAGAAGCAGCCACCCCCACAGCUCUUACCUAACGAGACGUGUGCGGUGAAUAACGGUGGUUGCGACAGCACAUGUCACGACUCUGUGAUGGGAGUUCGCUGUAGCUGUCCUGUCGGCUUCACACUGCAGCCAGACCGCAAGACAUGCAAAGACAUUGACGAGUGCCGUCUGAAUAAUGGAGGCUGUGACCACGUGUGCAGGAACACCAUGGGCAGCUUUGAGUGCAGCUGCAGGAAAGGCUACAAACUACUGACCAAUGAGAGGACAUGCCAAGAUAAAGAUGAGUGUUCCUUUGACCGGGCCUGUGACCACAGCUGUGUGAACUCUCCGGGCAGUUUUCAGUGUUUCUGUCAGAAGGGUUAUGUUCUGUAUGGACUCACACACUGUGGAGAUAUGGAUGAGUGCAGUGUGAACCAGGGGGGGUGUAAGUAUGGCUGUGUUAACACACAAGGCAGCUAUGAGUGCACCUGUCCACCUGGUCAAAGACUCCACUGGAACAAGAAAGACUGCAUUGAGGCUGUGAAGUGUCUGCCCAGUCUGCCGGGGCCCAAGGCCACCCUGUCCUGUAACAAAGUGGGGAAAAAAGAGAACUGUUACCUCACCUGCUCCUCUAAGACUCACUUCCACACAGAGUCUGAUAGCAGUUUUACUGUUGGCUGUGGAGCAGCAGGCCUCAAAGGAAAGACCCACAACAGGCAGAACUCCAGUCAGAUCCAGAACUGCCCAGAAACCCAGGGUCCUCUGGUCAAACACACAGAGUCUUUCAAGAUCAAAAACGGCAAAUGCAGCCUCCACCCUAAAUCCAGAGGCCGAGCGGAGGAGGGGGGGCGAGCACAGGGAUCAGGAGGAAGACAAACCUGCAACAACUGCCAGAUUUCAUUCCUCAGCCUAAAGUGUGACUCCUCGGUGAAGGCCAAAGGUCAUCGCACACGGAGUGCCACUGGAAAAGAAGUUACACGCAUCACUUUAGAACUGGAGGCAGAGGUGAAACCAGGAGAUGCAACUGGAAAUUGUAAUCUGAGCUGUUUACGGCAGCGAAUGGAGCGUCAGCUGAAGUCAUACGUCAAAGCGCUGAAGAAGUCCAUCAACCAGGAGCGUUUCCUGAUCCGACUGGCCGGUCUGGAGUACGCAGUGACCCAGAAACUGCCCCAGGCUGCGGAGAGUCCGGACAGCUGCGGGCCCGGCUUGGAGAGAGACGGCGGUCGCUGUGGCAGAUGUCCUCCGGGCUCUUAUUAUCAGGGUGACCAGGAACGCUGCACUCAGUGUCCGUCCGGAACUUUCCAGGAGCGAGAAGGUCAACUGGCCUGUGACCUUUGCCCUGGCGGUGAUAAGCAUGGUCCGGCUGGGGCCCGUAACAUCACGUCUUGUGCAGGUCAGUGCCCACCUGGGCAGUAUUCAUCUGAUGGGUUCAAACCAUGCCAUCCAUGCCCUCUGGGCACCUACCAGCCAGACACUGGGAGAACAUUGUGUUUCUCCUGUGGGGGGGGGCUCAGCACCAAGAGGGAGGGGGCCAGCUCUUUCAACGACUGUGAGGUUAAAGUUCUGUGUCCACCUGGUCAUUACUACAACACCACGUUUCACCGCUGUAUCCGAUGUCCGCUGGGAACCUACCAGACUGAGUUUCGCCAGAACCACUGUGUCGCCUGCCCAGGCAACACCACCACAGACUUUGAUGGAGCCACCAGUGUUUCCCAGUGUAAAAACCGUGAAUGUGGAGGUCAAAUGGGUGAAUAUAUAGGAUACAUUGAGUCUCCUAAUUACCCUGGUAACUACCCAGCUAACGUGGAGUGUAUCUGGAAUAUCAACCCCCCGCCAAAGCGCAAAAUACUGGUCAUAGUGCCGGAGAUCUUCCUCCCGUCUGAGGAUGAGUGUGGAGAUGUCCUGGUCAUGAGGAAGAACUGGUCAGCCACCUCCAUCACGACCUAUGAGACAUGUCAGACAUACGAAAGGCCCAUUGCUUUCACAGCCCGGUCCCGCCGCCUCUGGAUCAGUUUCAAAUCCAACGAUGUCAACACGGCCAGGGGAUUCCAAAUCCCUUAUGUCACUUAUGACGAGGAUUACGAGCAGCUGGUGGAGGACAUAGUCAGGGACGGACGACUUUAUGCAUCAGAAAAUCAUCAGGAAAUCCUGAAGGAUGAAAAGCUAAUCAAAACUCUCUUCGACGUACUUGCCAAUCCAAGCAACUAUUAUAACUACACCACCCGAGAUUCUGAUGCCAUGUUGCCUCGCUCCUUCACACGUCUGAUCAGGAGCAAAGUCUAUGCGUUCUUACGACCGUACAAGUAG